CCAAAUACCCGUCGCAUCCCGAAAAAUCCCCCAAAAAUUUCAAAAAAUUUCACUCCGCUCUGGCACGAACGGGAAAACAAAGGGUGGCUCCUCGUCGCUUUUUCACCAUCGUUUUGUUGAAGCUUUUCUCCAUCCAUUUUUGUCGGCCAUUCCCGCUUCGCCAACCAGUUGUGGCAGUGCCACGGCGCUGACAAAACCUUCUUGAAACUACAAUUCUAAUUAUGGAAAGGAACUUAAUCAACAGCUGGGGUUCCCCUUCCACCUCCUCUGCCGGCGCUGGUUCCCGUCACGCCGCGUCUGCGAGAUCCGCCGCUUCGCCUCUCCAACCUAACUACAGUAGCCUGGCGGUUCAAAAAGCAUUGGAACAUCUGGCAUCACUUGAUUUAAUUGAGCUGUGCAGUGAAGCAAAAGUCGAGCGCUGUCGGGCGACCAGAGAUUUGAGGAGUUGUGGCCGUUAUGUGCAGCAUGUCUUGGUGUCAUGUGGGCAUGCUUCCUUAUGCAAAGAGUGUAGUCAAAGAUGUGACUCCUGCCCAAUUUGCAGAAUUCCGAUCCCAAAGAAUGACAGUAGACUUCGUCCUCGACUUUACUGCGAGUGCAUAGAGGCCGGUCUCAUCUCCAAAAGAUGUGAUGAGAGAUUCCAAGAGAAAGAAGAGGGCGACGAUCAAUUGACUGCAGAUGUGCUGCGCCUCUAUGCUUUGUUUGAUGUUGCUAUGGAGAACAACUUGGUCUCAUUGAUUUGCCACUAUGUUACUGAUGUUUGCAUGGAUGAGACUGCUGUGUCGAGUGAUCCAGUCAUUGCGUUCUUGUUGGAUGAAGUAGUUGUGAAGGACUGGUGCAAAAGAACAUUUCGGAAUAUCAUUGAAGAGCUUCUUCCAAUAUAUGAUUCUGGGGAAGAAGACAUGGGUGAAAAGAUAGGUUUACUUCUCAAGCUUUCAUCCAACCUGGGUGGGAUAUCCAAUGUGCUAGAAGUUCUGGAUUCAUCAUUUCAAGGAAGCUCUUCAGCCCAGCUCAAUGACUUGCAGUUUCUGCACGAAAGUGUCUCAAAAGCAAAGCAGCAUGCUGACAUUAUGGCCUGGUGUAUACGGAAUGAAUUUUUGGAAAAUGUAAGGGCUCGAUAUGGAAAUUUAGCCUCAUGGCGCUCUGUUGCAAGGGAAAGGAAGGCUGCUGCAACAAAGCGUUCAUGGCCUGACGUGGUGAAUCAUUCUGCUGAGUCGAGUGUGAAGGCAGGUUCUCUCUUCAUUGAAGAUGCUUUAUCAAAUAUUGAGAUUCCUCAAGGUCAUCCACAGCACAUGGAAGAAGAACUGAGACUUGCAUCUUUGCAGAAGGAUAGAGAUUCACUUUUCAGGUCUAAACUAGAGGGACUGGCAGUAUGCUAUCCUUUUGAAAGCCUCCGUGCUGCUGUUGACAUGCUCUUCUUAACCGGAAGUUCUGACAUGGUGGUUGCGAAAGAGGCGAUUUUUCUUUACUACAUUUUCGACAGGCAUUGGACAACACCGGAUGACAAUUGGAGAAGUAUCAUAGAUGACUUUGCAGCUACAUUUGGAAUAACCAGACAUUCCUUGAUAGAAUCAUUAACUUUUUAUCUUCUAGACGAUGAUACUGAUGAAGCUCUAAAGGAAGCUUGUAACCUUCUUCCUGAGAUCUGUGGUCCAUCAACUCAUCCCAAAAUUGCCCAAGUAUUGCUGGAACGAGGAGUUCCUGAAACAGCUUUAAUGGUGCUUCGGUGGUCUGGGCAUGAUGGAUCAGAAAUCGUGUCACUUAGUGAGGCUGUUACUGCUGUCAGGGUCAGGGUGGAAUGUGGACUUCUGACUGAAGCCUUCAUGUAUCAGAGAAUGCUAUGUGCCAAAGUUAGGGAGAAGAACUCAAAGAGAGGACCACCAAAGGAUAGUCCUAAUCAUUUAGAAGCCAAAACCAACAGAUGGGGUGACUGGCUGGAGACUUUGGUAACCGAAAUUUGUUGUCUCUGCAUAAAAAGGAAUUUGGUGGAUCGGAUGAUUGAACUGCCAUGGAAUUCGGAUGAAGAGAAGUAUUUGAGUAAGUGUCUUCUUGAUUGUGCCAUCCAUGACCCUUCAACGACUACUGGAAAUCUUCUUGUAGUGUACUAUCUUCAGCGAUAUCGUUACACUGAGGCAUAUGAAAUUGAUGCGAAGCUUCAGAAUGCGGAGCAGGAUUUUCUCUCGAUGAAUUCUAUUGAUGAAAGAGUUCUUUCGAGAAUGAGAUCAGCAAGUCACUGGAGGGCCACACUUGUUGGGAAAUCUAUGCAGCUGCUGUCCCCGAUUCAACAGCAACUGGUUAAGGAUGGUCUUCAUAGAAUCAGUGACUCUAGUUAUGGUGAAGAGAUCAAUUUACCAGUAAAUUCCAACACUCCAGUAGAAGAAAACCCAACUAAUUCAAGGAGUAUUGUGGUUCCGUCAAAUACACAGUCUUCUAGUUCGAUUGUUCUGCCAUCAGAAAAGCCUAAUGAUCCAUUCAAAUCAUCUCUUCAAACUCCGACAGCACUAGGUGGAUCGACAACUGUCAAUCUCUGGUUUGAUCAAGGCAAUUAUGGCACUCCUGUGGGGUUGAAGAAUCACCACCAAGGCAGUAGCCUCAGCAGGAACCUGAAAUUUGACGAUGUCUCAACUCCUGCAAUAGAGUCGAACAGAUCUUCAAACAGACACCUGCAUCACUACUAUCAACACGAUAGUUACCCCGAAAUGGAAACAAAUGGAUUUCUCAACCAAUCAAGCGAGACUCCUCUCUUUUCUGCUGCGAAUCAGAAAUUGGGGUCGAGCAAGAAGCAUGGUUUCGAUGCGACGUCCGGAACUGAUCCCAUGGAUGUUGCUAUGAGUGGUGGCGUGAAGGCUUCUUUGAUCGAUGAGAAGAGUUUAAAUGGCGGGCCGAGAUGGAGGUCAGAUGAAACCAGCGAUGAAGACGGCGAAGAAGAGAGUCCCGGUAGAGCUGCCGCUACUGGUUUCACAGUCUCUCGGAGGAGUAGUAGGAGAGUUAGAAUUGGCAGGCGAUGAUGAACAAGAUCCUCAAUACCGGCGGUGCUCAGUCUUUUUUUACCAAAGACCAAAACCAAACCAAACCAGAAUUGUUCAUAUUUUGUUCGGCGGCGAAAUGGGAAAAAUUUGAAUUAGAUUUUGGUUUGGAUUCCCUCCCUUGUCCUCGUCUCAAUUUUGUAUGUUGUAGCUUCAAAUACAUCCUCCAAGUGCUAUAUCAUCCGAUAACCAUAAAUAACUCCUGACAGCUGAAAUCUUUUGAUUUUUAAUGAUGCAAACCCUAACCCGGUUUUUUUUUUUUACAUUGAGGGGAGGCCGAGGCCAAGAAAGCAGAAACAAGGUUACAGAGGCAGACUACAGCGGG